AUGAAAUUAGCUGCUAAAUUCACCAUAUCUUUGAAUACCAUCCCUUUCACUGAUUGUAUUUCAGCUAUCUCCUAUUUGAAACACCUUCUUCAAAAUCAAUAACAAUUCGACAAAACACUUAUACACUAAUCUCUUACUGAAAAUCAGAAUCAAAUUAUUAGUAUGUUCAAAUAGGAUUCCUACUAAUUAGUUUAAUUUGUCAAAUAUGCCCAACAUAUCACAUAAGAUCCCCUUGAUUCUUACUAAAAUUACUUAAAUGAUGUUGUUUAAAAAAGGUUUCCCUCAAAACCCUUUUUGCUUAAAUGUCUUUAAUUGAAUUCUCAAUGUAAUCUAGAGAUCCUCCAAACUAUGCCUAAUAGUGCUAUUGAUACACUUCCACAUUCAGUACUUAAUAAAAUCAUCAAAUCACAUUAAUUAGAUUACAAAGAAUCAACCACUGUCUUACAUUUCUUACAUAACAAAAAGCUAUUAAAAUAACUGCUUUAAUGCAUUUGGGUUCAAAAUUAUAUUCAACUUUCUAAAUUUGGUUUGCAAGAUUACAACCUUAAGAAUUUAGCAUUAUUAAGUCGAAUUUAUGCAGAUAUUGGAACUAAUUAUUUGAAUUAAGUUGCCAAUUCAGUUGAAAAGAUGGAUUUAACUUCUGAUCAAUCGAAUCAAUUGUCCCUUAUUACUCUCUAUCAAAAUUUAAGCCUUCUUAGAAACAAACAAGAACUAUUAAAAAAGAUAGCCAAUCUUAUUAUUAUAAAUGAUAAAGUUGAAUUAUAGGAUUUAAUGUAAUUGUUGAUUGGAGUCUCUUAAUCAAAAGAUGAUCAAUUGGCAUAGAGACUUUUCUUUGUCUUAAGAAAAUUAACUAUUAAAGAAGAAAAUCUUUCAUUAUUUUAUCUAUGUGGAACUUAUUUUAAAUCAAUUGAAGCCACACGUAUUCAUUAGGAAUUUAAAUAAGGAUAUUUAGUUAAAAUACUUCUAAUGAUGACUCCUAAAUAAAUGGGAGAAUUUUGUGUCAAUCUAUUUAGAAAUUAUCAAAUAAACUUAUGUGAAUUUAUAACAUAGAAUAAAUAAAUAAUUCAUCCUUAAAACAUUGUUAAUUUAAUUUCAAUAAACAAUGAUAAUCUCUUAGAAUUAGAUUCAUUAAUUGAAGAAUACUUAAAAAAUAGGUUAAUAGAUAUUCCAGGAGUCAUGAAAUUAGCAACCUAUUAACAAUUCUAAAAAACUAUAUCUACUUCCAUAAUUGAUUAUCAAUAUUAUGACAUUGCUUUUAACGUCAAGGAAUUAGCAGCUGUAUUAUUAUAAAUAGAUAAAUAUUUAUCCAAUCUUGGAAAAUUAGUGGAAUUAAGUCUUUAAGCAGUUAGUAAUGAUAUGUCAAGUGCUUAAGGCUUAGCAAAUAUAAUAUAUUUAGCAUCUAAAAAGGAUGCUAAUUAAGAUAUUACAUUAUCUGUAAAGAUAAUCAAAAAAAUCAUAGAUGAUUGUGAUCCAAUUGAACUUUUAAAUUUUUUAAGAGUACUUGAAAAAAAUAGAUCGUUAUUUGAUUAACUAAAAAUGAAAAUUAUUGAUUAAAUAAACAAGAAGGUAGAUUCUAAAAAUAGAUAAAGAGUUGAAAAACAUAUUCAAAGAUUACCUAAACAUAUGCAUUUCUAUUUACAAUGA